AUGCCGUUGGACCAAUUCGCACGUGUUCGGCCUACGAAGGCGCGUUGUCGCAGGGGAAGUGAAUGCCGUCUUCCCCAUGGGGACCCAGAAGAGGACACUCUGUACACCGACACCGAUUCGCGUACACGACAGUUGCUCGGAGCGUCCUUUACGUUUGGCCCCGGGGCAUCGGUCUGUGAUGUUACUCUACCUGAUAACUCGACCACCGUCAUUCUCAACAUUGUGGGACCGUGCAGUACGACGGCAAUUCAAUUGCUUUUAGAACAAAGGGGCUUCCAUGUCCCUCUCACGUCCAUUAAACUGAGAUCCCAAGACUCGGGGCUCAAGUACGCUGUUGUCAACGGUCGAGUCCCUGGGUUUGCGGAACUUUUGCGCGCGAACUUUGAGAAGAAGAAGGCACACGGCGUGUUUUCAGGGAUUAAAGUUGUCACCGAAGAGAUAAAUCCGAUUUCGGAAAAAGAGGACUUCCACGUUGUGACUAGUCGGAAAAUUAAGUGCUCUUGGCCAAAGGACCGCGGCGGAUCUGACUUUGCAUGCGAAAAAAACGAGGUUGCAAUGGUGGAAGCUAUGCUGGCAGCCGUCGGCGAGUUGGAAACACGGCUUUCUCUCGGGUCAGACGACGAAGAUCGUAUCUUGGACUCGGUGGCUUGGUUUAAAGGAGCAGAAGACGCCAAGCGAGCAGCCCAGACCUUUGACGGAACCCCUCUCCCUUUUAAUUCGUCUGGGCUACUCAGUGUGAAGCAAAUUCACUCCACGAGCUACAACCUUUCGACCCGAGUUUUCCAGAGUCUUAUCGACGAGGUCACGAACCGUCAUGACCACAGAGAUUCUCAGGUCAAAUUUCAAACAUUUUGCGACACGGAAGAACACACCAUACUGUCGUUGGAGAGCGACAAUCUUGAUGCUCUGGAGAGGAAACGACAAGCAUUGGAUGGUCUAUUUGCUGGUAAGGUCAUUUCCUACUCUGCGGACACCGACAGCCCGGUCUGGAGUCCGUAUUUUGACGAUAAGGCCUUCCGAAACCGGAUCCUCGAUCAGAUUGCAAAGGGCUGUGGUGUAGCAUUUCACUGUCUCCCAGUCAGCAAAGAGAUCAAGCUAUACGGCCCGCCUGAAAAUAUCAAAAAAGCCAACGAGGCUCUUUUCCUGAGUUUCGAAAACAAUUUCACAGCCGUCCACCCUAUUACUCUCAACGCAAAUGCCUUUAAUUGGGCCAUCAGAGGAGGUUUCAAGGCUCUCUCCGAAGCCCUUGGUCAAGACACUGACCAGUCUCCUCUUACGAACGAGCCAUAG